CCGGGUUCUGCCAGUGCAGGAAGCAGCAUGUCGGUCAGCGGGCGCCUGACAUGGGCGCGAUCGCGGGCGCCUCUGCUUGUGAGUCUCCCCGAGGCUUGGCGCCGCCGCGGCCACACAGCCUCCUCCUACUCCGCUUUCUCUGAGCCGUCCCGGGUGCGGGCGCUGGUCUAUGGCAACCACGGGGAUCCAGCCAAGGUCGUCCAACUGAAGAACCUGGAGCUCUCUGCUGUGGAAGGAUCUGACGUCCACGUGAGGAUGCUGGCAGCCCCUAUCAAUCCAUCUGACAUAAAUAUGAUCCAAGGGAACUAUGGCCUCCUUCCUAAGCUGCCUGCUGUUGGAGGGAACGAAGGUGUUGGAGAGGUGGUAGCAGUGGGCCCCAGUGUGUCUGGAUUAAGGCCGGGAGAUUGGGUGAUCCCAGCAAAUGCUGGUUUGGGGACCUGGCGGACUGAGGCUGUGUUCAGUGAGGAAGCACUGAUCGGAGUCCCUAAGGAUAUCCCUGUCCAGAGUGCCGCCACCCUAGGUGUCAACCCCUGCACAGCCUACAGGAUGUUGAUGGACUUUGAACAUCUGCAGCCAGGAGACUCUGUCAUCCAGAAUGCGUCCAACAGUGGAGUGGGGCAAGCAGUCAUCCAGAUCGCCUCAGCCCUUCGCCUAAAGACCAUCAAUGUGGUCCGAGACAGGCCUGACAUCCAGAAGCUGACUGACAGACUGAAGGGUCUAGGAGCUGACUAUGUCCUCACAGAGGAGGAGCUAAGGAUGCCUGAGACAAAAGCUGUCUUCAAGGAGCUGCCCCUGCCCCGACUGGCUCUCAACUGUGUUGGUGGGAAGAGUUCCACAGAGCUACUGCGGCACCUAGCGCCCGGAGGAACCAUGGUGACCUAUGGGGGAAUGGCCAGGCAGCCUGUAACAGCCUCUGUGAGCCUGCUCAUUUUUAAGGACCUCAAACUUCGGGGAUUUUGGUUGUCCCAGUGGAAGAAGAACCACACUCCAGAUGAGUUCAAGGAGCUGGUUCUCACUCUCUAUGAACUCAUUCGCCAAGGACAGCUCACAGCUCCUGCCUGGUCCGAGGUUCCACUGCAAGACUACCAGCAGGCCUUGGAAGCCUCCAUGAAGCCCUUUGUGUCUUCGAAGCAGAUUCUCACCAUGUGAUUAAUGGAGAGGACCAGAAGAAAGCAGAAGACAGACCAACAAGACUGCUGGCUGUGGUCCCUCCACGAGGACCCCAUUCUUCCCCAGGCUGCCUUCCACUCACUGCCUCUUCCCAGUAGGAGGGUAGGAGGCCAGUCCUAGGGUCCCUAAUAAAACUUGAACUUCCUGCGCAAA